AUGGCGAGUCUUCUUCUUUUUGCAUUCAUUUUUGGAGUUCUUUCAUUGAAUUACAAAGCUACAAAAAAGCUUGACGACAAUUGCAAUUUGGCUUGUUUCUUAUCAGGAUUUAAAGUUAAUGUUAACUUCAACGAUACAGCUUGUGGCAGUGUACUUGGUUCCACGUUUUGCUUCAAGUCGUUAUACAUUGAUGAAAUAUUAUUGAAAUCAAUUGAUGGCAAAGUGGACAAUGUAGAGAACCCGCAAUCAUUUUCGGCCUCAUUGACUCUUGAAAAAAUUCAUGCAAUUGGAACAUUAACUGGUUCUGAUUUAAAUACCGAUAUUGGAGUCGCUGACCUCACUUUACACGACGCUUCAAUGAACUUUGGAAUGAGUAUGACUACCUUUAAUUACAAAGGAUAUGAUUUGGUCGAUACUGUGAAAUCUGACAUGAAAGUCGACUUGAAUUCCAAUGAAAUGGAUAUUGCGAUAACAUGUCCAACAGGCAAUUUCUUGUGUAAAUUAUUGAAAUUUGCAACCAAUUUGGGGGAUCUCGUCAGCUCCAUUUUACAGAGUGUUUUGAAUAAGGAAAUACCAACACUUGAGCAAAUGAUUGAUUCCAAUUUGACUUCAAUAUUUAACCAAACGAAUCAUGAAUACGUGAUGGUGUAUUUAGAAAGAAUGGAGCCUACAAUAAUUCCAGUACCAAAUGGAAUGACCAAUUUAACUGAAAGUUCCUUGUUUGAUAUGAUCUCAUGGGCUUCAACUUAUUUGUUUGGAGGAAACAGUUCACUUGGGUUGAAUAACUUGAUAGACAGAUUCACUAAGAACACAGGAUCCUUUGUCGUUGGUUUUGGUGAACAAGACACAUUUGCAGAUCUUUCUGACACCAUUCUAAAUGUUCUUCAGUUUAAUAAUAUCACCAUCCCUGAUAUCAAUGGCACCUUAGACUUUGGUCUUAAAUUCUUGAAUAUCAGUGGGCUGAACACUUGGAAUAAGAUGGAGUUUUUUGAACCUUUAAGAUACACAAAGAGUGAGACUAAUGUCUCUAUUUGUGAGUCACAACCUUAUUGUGAUCAACAACUGAAGAUAUCAUCUGGCCUUCAAAUGUUAUCAAUCAACGUUUCAUUCACCAUGAAUGCUUCUGCUGACGGCGAAAUGAUCAACACAUCUGGGAAGAAGCUUCACGAAGAAGGCAAUUUGUAUGUUUUAGUCACUGACAACUAUUUAGAAGGACGUAUCCAAGUCGCUAUUCCCAAUGGAAAGUUCGAAGAGUACUCUAACAAUCAAUGCACCAACAUCACUUGUUUACUCGCUUUAUUCCAAAAUGGCACUGGAAUUCCUUUAUUGAGGGUGAACACUUCUUUGGAUAUUCUGAAGAUGACUGCGGCAUCUUCUUCAAUAGAAGACGGAGUACAACAUAUAAUUAAUUCCGUUGCAGAUGUCUUCAUCAACAGAUACAAACCAGUCAUUCCAGCAUUUUUAAAUGGGUUAGUUAAUGGUCUUGGUGGAGAUGCAGUCAACUCGUUGUUGGAAGGUUAUAUAGGAAAGAGUUGUGAUCAAGACCCUGAUAUGGCAGUCAAAGAGUACAACACAGCCGUUGUAGCAACUACUAUUAGUGUCGCUUUUGUUCUUUCUUUGUUAAUAUGCUGCAUAGCAAUUUUGUUCUUAGUUGUGAAAUGGAGAAUGGCAAAGCAAGUUGAUUCCGAAGAGAAGAGCACAGAGACUGCCGAUCAAGAGAAAGUUUCUGAAUGUGAAGAGAAUGAGAAGACUAAGAAACCAUUCUUGGAGAGACUUAAAGCAUUCCCAUUGUGGUUCUGUAAACAAUGGACUCGAACAGACCCAGAAGGAGCUUCACUCUUCUUGGAUUCGAGAGUAAAUAUAGUCAUAAGAGUGGUGAUCCCAUUUGUCAUCUUGUUAGGUAUUGCACUCUUCUUAACUUCAAACACUGGCGUUGGAGCUACUGUAAAUGCUUAUAUUUCAAUAGGCAAUGAGAACACUAUUGUGUUGCCAGUCGCCGACUUUGGUUUGAUGAAUUCAGUCAAAGAUAUGUGGACUGCCAAAGUCUACCCACUUGCUAUAUUGAUCAUGUUAUUCAGUGGUGUAUGGCCAUAUGCAAAGCUUGCAGUUCUUUUAUUCACGUUCUUCAUGCCAUCUAAAAUAGUCCCGCCAAAGGUCAGAGGAUACAUUUUGUUAGUCUUAGAUGCGUUAGGAAAAUGGUCAAUGCUCGAUUCGUAUGUCAUGGUGUUGAUGAUUGUUGCAUUCUACUUUAACAUUCCACUUCCUAUUCGACAUGGAGAUAAUGUAGAAGACCCUGUUAAGAUCAAUUUGUAUGUCGAUGAAUGUUAUGGGUUCGUUACAUUGUUGUUAGGCACCUUAUUCUCACUAGUCCUCUCUCACGUCGUUGUUGGAGUUCACAACUUCUUACAACACAAUCCAGAAGAUAAUAAAGGCAAAGAAGGCCUUUCAUGGAAGCCAUUGUUCAUGUACACCAGAUUCCUUGUUACCAAAAUAGUCAUUCCGGUGUUCUUGUUUAUUACCUUUGUAUUGGUGAUGACUGGAUUCUUCCUCACUUCAUUCUCAUUUGACUUUAAUGGUCUUGCUGGCUGGGCACUAAAGAUAUUGGGACAAUCACCAGAAAGAACCUUUUCAGUGGUCGACCUUGGAACACAACUUCCUGGUGCUGCGAAAGAGCCAAAUAGCUUUGCUGUUAGAAUUACACAAAUUGUCUACUUCUUGACGAUUGUUGCUAUUCCAAUACUCCACUUGGUCUCUCUCUUUGCACUUUGGUUCUUGCCAUUACAGAGAAAGUUCCAAAGUUGGUUGUAUCAUGCAUGUGAAGUGUUUUAUGCGUGGUCUUGUAUUGAUGUCUUUGUGAUCAGUGUAAUUGCUGCGAUUGUAGAAUUGUCACAGUUCGCUUCGUUCAUGGUGGAGCCCAUGUGUGGUGCCAAAAUCGAUGCGCUUGGAAUGAGCAUUGAUGAAAUUGUAGCUAAAUUCUUUGGUGAGGAACAACUCAUUGAGGGACACGAGACUUGUUUUGAAGUCAAAGCUAAUCUUGAGAGUGGAUGUUGGUUACUCUUCGUUGCAGUUGUUUUGUAUACUAUAGUAACUAUUGCUAUGAUGCAAAUAGUUAAGCGAGCGUUAGCCAAGAGACUUCCAACACCAGAAGAGCUCGACAAAAUGCAUGAAAAUUGCAUUGAAAUGAAAGAAGAAAACACAGACGUGCCAAUUGCUUCUCCAGUGAAUGUUGUUGGUGCUGAUGGAACUCCAGAUCAACACACUUUAGAACCAGUCGAACCAGAAACUGACAGUAACAAAGAAGAAGAAGUAAUGAACGAUAAUAUUAAAGAAGAAGAUGUGCCACAAACUGUCACAAAUGAUGAGCAAGAUGCUUAA